UUUAGGUCUAUUAAUUAAAGAUCUAUCAAAAACUCGCUGGUCUGAUCGAUAUAAUUCAAUUAGAGCAGUAUUAAUAUCAUAUAAAGAAAUUGUUGAAACACUUGAUGAUUUAAGUGUAAAUGAUAAACAAGCUAAAUCACGUUUUAUCGCUGGAAAUCUUUUAAAAAAAUUAAAAUCAUUCACGUUUUAUACAAUAUUACUAUUUCUGAAGAAUUUAUUUUCAUCAAUAAAUGCACUGAUUAUUCAUUUACAAAAGCCACAAAUGGAUAUUUUAACAACAAUUGAUAUUUUAAAUGACAAAACUAAGUUACUUGAUCAGUUAAGUGUUGAUAAUGUAAAUAUGGAUUCAAUUUUAAAAGUAGCAGAAAAUGAUCUUUCAAAAUUAAAUGUUAAAGUGGAUUUAGAUGAAGAGUUUGUUCGAAUACAUCGACGAACGAAAACAUGUGCAUCAAUACAAGAGUACUUUCGUACAAUAUUUUCUAGAAUUCUCAGCAAUAUGAAUGAAGAAUUUAAAGAUUAUUUAACAACUUUGAGUGAGAAGUUAAAAUGGUUUGCACAUUUAUCACCUAAGUUUAUUCAUUUAUUUUCAAUGAAUGAUGCAAAAGAAUUACAAAAAAUAGUUCCAACUCUCGAUGAUGGUGAACUUUUAUUUUCUGAACUUCAGUUAUUGAAAUUAAAAAUUUCAAAUUGUAUCGAUAUGAAUGAAGCGUGUGACUUAAUGAAAAGAAACAAUGGAUAUCCACAAGCACAAUUAGUUUUUAAAUAUUUGUUAACAAUUCCGGUGUCCAUUGCUACUAAUGAACGAUCGUUUUCGAAAUUAAAAAUUAUCUUAGAACAACAAUGUCGAAUGAAAGAUUAUUUCAUUUGA